AUGAAGGCAUUUCGUUCUUUUUUUUUGGUAUUCCUUGUUGUUAUGGGUUUGCAAAAGCAACGGCCGAGGAAGAUAAAGGAAAGAAUGUCAGGAAUGUCAACUGAAAAGUUCUUUCAAGAUAAAAAAGCGAAAAGAGUUGUUGGUGUCAUGAUAAAUGACUUCAAACAUUUACACUACUCGUGGCUGAUAGCAAAGCUAAUGUGA